AUGGAUUUUCAGAACCGUGUCGGUCACAAGACCGGAUCCGGCUAUGCAUCAUGGGACGAUGCCAACCGCAUGCGCAAGGAGCGCCUCAUGGCCUUGGCCAUGGAAACCAUCGAUCUCGCCAAGGACCCCUACUUUAUGCGUAACCACAUUGGCAAGUAUGAGUGCAAGCUUUGCUUGACCCUUCACAACAACGAGGGCAGCUACCUCGCGCACACUCAGGGCAAGAAGCAUCAGGAAAACUUGCGCAAGCGUGCUGCCAAGGACGCCACAGACGCCCCUGCUCUGCCCGCAGAGGUUGAUUAUCCAGAGAUUGCAGAGGGUGUGACGCCCCGCCACCGCUUCAUGUCGGCCUAUGAGCAACGUCGCGAAGCGCCAGACCGCAAUUACCAAUUUCUGCUCUUUGCCGCCGAGCCCUACGAGACGAUUGCCUUCAAGGCAGACGAUUCGGACGACGACAGCGAUUAA